AUGCGGUUCAGCAGAGCGGCAGCCUGUGCCGCGUUUGCGAGUUGGAUAGGGGCAGGCCUGGCACACAAUAUCGCUCUGAAAGCACACACAAGAGAAUGUUUCCACGAGGAACUACACAAGGAUGACAAGAUGACGGUGACGUUCCAAGUCGGCGACCGCGAAUUUGGAGGUGCUGGGAACUUGGAGAUUGAUUUCUACAUCACGGAUCCUUCAGGCUCUUAUGAAACACAGCUCAACUCCGUCUCGUCGGGCGACUACUCGUUCGAUGCCCGCAUGGAUGGGAAAUACGUGUACUGCUUCAGCAACGAGCAUUGGUCUGCCAACAGCAAGGAAGUCUCCUUCAACGUGCACGGCAUUGUCUACGUUCCCGAAUCUGAGGCGCCUCAGGAUCCGCUGGAAAAUGAAGUACGCCAACUCUCCGACCUCCUCGCCCAGGUGAAAGACGAGCAGGCCUACAUCGUCGUCCGUGAGCGAACGCACCGAAACACCGCCGAGAGCACCAAUUCAAGAGUUAAAUGGUGGUCGAUAUUCCAACUGGGUGAAUAG